CAGACUCCGCCCAUCGGACAUGUGACAGGGGACCAGGUUGUGAGUUUAUGGUUGGAGCUGUAGUCUCAAAAUCCUUCACUGAGGAUUCCUUCUAGGUGAGCAAGCCACUGUGGAUCUGUUCUGUGCAGACAUGCGGGUGGCAGUGAUUGGAGCUGGAGUCAUUGGUCUGUCAACAGCUCAGAGCAUCUAUGAGCAGUAUCACUCAAAAGUCAGUCCACUGACCAUUGAAGUGUAUGCAGACUGUUUCACUCCUCUGACCACCAGCGAUGGAGCUGCUGGCCUCUGGCAGCCGUACCUCUAUGAUAACGGCAACAUCCAGGAAACAAAAUGGAAUAAGGAGACAUUUGACUACUUGCUGGGCUGGCUCAGCUCACCAGAGUCAGUAAAAAUGGGCAUUUUCCUCCAGUCUGGGUACAACCUCUGCACUGAACCAGUUCCAGACCCCUCAUUUAAGGACAUUGUCCUUGGCUUCAGACACCUCACAGAAAAAGAGCUGCAGAUGUUUCCAGGAUUCACUUAUGGAUGGUUCAACACAGCCCUCAUGGUGGAAGGUAAAUCAUACCUACCAUGGUUGAUGGACUGGUUGCAAAAAAGGGGUGUAAAAUUUUACAAUAGAAAAAUAGCAUCCUUUAAAGAGCUGUCAGAUGCUGGGGCAGAUGUGAUCAUAAACUGCACUGGGAUGAGAUCAGGAGAGCUGCAGCCAGACGCAGACCUGAAACCGGGCCGUGGGCAGAUAGUAAAGGUAGAUGCCCCAUGGCUGAAGCACUGGAUUAUAACUCACAACUCUGAAGCCGGCGUCUACAAUUCACCAUAUAUCAUUCCAGGGAGUCGUCUUGUGACAGUUGGAGGGGUUUUCCAGGUGGGAAACUGGAGUGCACAGAACAACUCCACUGACCAUCAGCAGAUAUGGGAAAAAGCUUGUCAGCUCGAACCAAGUCUCAAGCAUGCUAAGAUAGUAGAGGACUGGACUGGUCUCAGGCCUGUUCGAAGCAAAGUCCGACUGGAGCGGGAGACCAUGUGGGCUGGUCAGUCCAUGAUAGAGGUGAUACACAACUACGGCCAUGGAGGUUUUGGACUCACCAUUCACAGAGGCUGCGCCCAGGAGGCCGCGAAGCUGUUUGGUCAGAUUGUGGAACAAAAAGGCAAAUGUCCAAAAGCUCACUUGUAGAUUUGUGUCUAGUAGUGAUGACUAGUACACUUCUUCUCUAAAAGUGUCAGCACAUACCAUUUUCAUAGCAGUAGUAAUAAUUACAGCAACCGUUACUUAACAAUUACUUGUUGUAAUAUCAUGUCUGAGAAAUAAUCAUUAAAACAAAUUGUAAAGUUUAAUGCAUGACAAAUCGUUCUUAAAUGUUAUUAAAUAACAGCAUAAAUGAAUGAUUGCAUUGUUGAUUGGGGUAAGUUAAAAAAGAUGGCUUUUGAAUGAUAAAGUGUGCAUGUCUUAGUAAAUGUGGAAUAAAUGCAAUGAUUAUAAUCAAAUCAUGUAAUGUUUUAUUAAUAAAUGACAACAUAAAUUCA